AUCUAAUUUGGGUCCCUCCUCUUUACUGCAGCAACAUGGCUGUCGAGUGAGACGCUCUCAUUCCUCAUCUUUAAACACCUCAAACAAUCCUCUAAAACUCUCAAAAUGCUCCGUGCUUCUGCAGACCCUUACCUUGUGCUUCGGUUUCAAAAUUUCUGCGGGUUAAAAGAAAAAAAAGGAGAGGAAAUACCCGGUGAGAAGGACGAGAAGGACGAGAACGGCGACCUCUCUCCCGCCAAAUACAAGAACGGCCAUGUUUCAAACGGAUUUGUCAAUGGAUAUGCUAAGAAUGGACUCAUAAAAAAUGGCCACUGGAAGCCUGCGAGUGAAGAAAAGCUGCUAGACAGCCGAAAAAUGGACUCCCCGAGGCUUCAGGACUACGAAUACAACCCUCUAUGGCAUGCAGUCUUCACCUUCGGCUCCACUCUGGGCAACGAGAUUUUCUACAUAACCUUUUUUCCCUUUCUGUUUUGGAAUAUUGACGAGUAUGUUGCUCGUAGAAUGGUGUUUUUGUGGGCUUUAUUCAUGUACUGUGGACAAGCUGCUAAGGAUAUUAUUCAGUGGCCUAGACCACCAAGUCCUCCUGUCAUUUCUGUUGAGAAGCGAUACCAAUGGGAGUAUGGAAUGCCUUCAACUCAUGCAAUGGUUGGCGCUCUUAUACCAUUCUGUUUGGUUUAUUAUAGCUACGAUCGUUAUGAGUAUCCUCUUCCCCUGGGUAUUGCUUUCUUCACAUGUUGGUGUCUUUUAGUGUGCAGCAGCAGGCUAUACAUGGGCAUGCAUAACUUACAGGAUAUAAUUGCUGGCCUGUGCCUGACGGCCAUAUUGCUGAUAAUCGUCAUUCCAGUGCUUGACUUACCAACAGAGACAUGGGUACUAACUGCACCGAGCUCACCCAUAUUCAUGGUUGCGAUACCACUUGCAAUGUGUGUGGUUUACCCAACACCACCCUUGCAAACAGAAACCCGUGCUGACACCACCAUGGUCAUUGGAACUUGUGUUGGAGUACUUCUUGCCUCAUGGGCAAGAUUCGCACCCACUAAAGUCCCAGACCCCUACAUUGGCACACCUUUUGCAAUCAUCUUUCCAGGACCAGACAGGAUAAUGACCAUGAUUUGCAGAUUUAUUCUUGGAAUUCUUGUAUUAGCUCCAUCGCGCAGCUUCAUGAAGGCCUUAAUACACAAAGUUCUACCAAGGGUUUUGCCAAAAAACUCAACAGACUCAAUGAGUGAUGAAGAAUUCAUAGAACUGGUCCACCGUUUUGUUACUUACUCAUUUGUGGGCUUUAAUGCUGUAUUCGUGGUUCCAAAAUGUUUCAUUUACUUUGGGAUCUGAUUCUAUUUAGUAAAAAAAAUAUUCUAGGCACAAAAUAAGAGUUUGAUCUUGGAUCAUGAAGGAGUCGUGAAGACAAGAUGGGAAAAAAAAUGUUCCCCCCACUUGUUGAUCAUUUAUCAGAAUGAUUGGAAUUAUAAAAAUCUGAUAGAAAUGGAGAUGAAAUCUCAAGCUCUGAUCUUGAAGAUCAAGACUAGUAAUGAAGAAAAGGACAGAAAAAUCCUAAACCUCAUAAAAUCUACUUAUAUUGCCAUUCAAAAGUGAUCUAAUUUUAAUAUUGAGGGACGGUCGAUUCAAAAGAAGAAAGCAAUAUUCAAAAUCUGUGGGAUGUUCCUUGAUUUUGAUGUUGGCUAGUUGAGACAAUAAUUAUUGAACAAUAUUCAUGAGGUCUACAAUCUAAGAUAACAUUGUACAUUAAGCACAGAUGUGCUAGUACUCCAAAUAAACAUUUUUAAAUUAAA